UCCGCAUGCUCAACACUGGUUUUUCAGGGUGCUGUCAAAAAUGAAGUGGAAGUGAGUGUGCAGUUCGCGCAAAAAAUGGGCGACGACUGCAGUGCUCUUGGCAGAGGAGCCCAUAGCGACGUAAAUAGCUUGAUAAAUCGCAUAUUUUGGUGUUGUUUAUGCUUUUCAAUUGCCUUCUACUUCGUUCACAAGAUCGUGCAGGCCCUCCUGAAAACAUCGAGCACCCCGCGAUACAAAUGGCACCCAACAUUUCGUCAUAUUUGGAAUAUUUCAUUCUACAGCGGCUCCACUGUGUUCCUCCACUUCUACCAUAAGACUUUCAUAGCGCCGGAAAUUGAGAAGGAAGUUCGCCACUAUUUCCCCAAGUAUGAGAAUCUUCUCCUCUUCACACCAAAUGAAGAAACCACCAAAUUCAAUGAUAUCUUUGUCAUUGUCAUCACCUUCCAUCUCAUUGCAAUUGUGCUGGAUUUGCGCGAAUGUGAUUAUUCUGAGGCAGCUCAGCGUGUGCUGUUUUCCUCUGUUCUCGUGAUAUUUUACUUCUUAAGAUAUGAACAUUACUUUGUAUUAUUGAAUAUAAGUGUUGGACUGAUGGGAUUUGCCACAGAUGUACUGCUCCUUUCAGCACUCCACACAUCCACCUCGAGAGACAUUCUCUUUAUCCUAUAUGCCACAUGCCGCUUCAUAACGUGGUCCUACGUCUUCCUAAACCUCAUGCCAUUCAAAUUCCUCCUGCCGACACUCUAUGUCAAGAAUUUCAAUGCAUGGCUCAACAUUUUCUCCUGGCUCUGGUACGGCUCGUGUGUGUGGAAUUCCCCCAUUCUGCAAUUUAUCUACCAUCAGACGUUUCACAUUGCACCCAUUGAGUGCAUUGGGGGUGGAAAUGUGGCCAAAUGCAUCAUGCUUAAGGAUUCACCGGAUGUUAGACACUAUAAAACACUCCAGAAAUCCGUUCUAGAAGUCAAAUUGGCCUCUGAGAAAACUAAUGGCAAUGCAGCAUCCACGGAGACUUCAUCUGCACGAACAUUUCAGACGAUUAAAUGCAUGAUGACACUAAAGAGAAAAUUGAGGCGAAUACGUGAAAAUCGUGAUGGUAAAGUGAAAAAUGACGACGCGUCUGGCGAAGAGGACGCUGAGGGUUUAUCAAAAGUUGAUGAGAAUGGCACAGAGGGGAUUGCGGCUCAUUUGGACAAGUAGCUCUUUUAAUAUUGGAAGGAAUUUUGAAGACAAAACGCAUGCUUUACACGUAAUUUAAUUUUAUCACUAUUUAACAUUUUAUCUUUGUUCCUGCGUUUUUGUAAAAGCGUUGUGUUGUCUUUUCUUACGACUGUCUGUGAAUGUGACGAAGAAGAAGCCAUUUAAUGUGAAUAUAUUUUGUAUCCCACAAAACGCAAGAAGAAGCCUAAAAGAUGCCACCACGAAAAAAAGAUAGAAAAAUAAGAGUAAAAACAAAGCUCAAAAGAAAU